UGGGCGGAGUCACCACACAGAGACGAGUAACUCAGAGAGACAAACCCGCUCUGGAGCAGGGUAGGGUAAAAAUAAAAACAGUGAAAACCACCGUCCACGUUUCAUCGAGCACUGUUUAUAUUCUACCGCAUCUACACAGAGAGGGAGUCCAUCCAUGAUGAACGGCGAUUCAGGAGCCGGAGUUGUGACGGUCCCCCCUCCCACCACAGCCCCCCACAAGGAGCGGUACUUCGACCGAGUGGAUGAAAGCAGUCCGGAGUAUCAGAGGGAGAGGAACAUGGCGCCUGACCUGAGGCAGGACUUUAACAUGAUGGAGCAGAGAAAGAGGGUCUCAAUGAUUCUACAAAGCCCGGCGUUCUGCGAGGAGCUGGAGACAAUGAUCCAGGAUCAGCUGAAGAAGGGGAAGACGCCCACAAGCCUGUUGGCCCUGCAGCAGAUCGCAGACUUCAUGACCACCAGCAUGCCUUCCAUGUAUCCCGCUGCACCACAAGGAGGCAUGGCAGCACUCAACAUGAGCUUGGGCAUGGUGACUCCCGUGAAUGAUCUGCGGGGCUCCGACUCGAUCUCCUAUGACAAAGGAGAGAAGCUACUUCGCUGCAAGCUGGCUGCGUUUUAUCGGCUUGCUGACUUGUUUGGCUGGUCGGAGCUCAUCUACAACCACCUCACUGUGAGGCUGAAUUCAGACAAAGAUCAUUUCCUUCUUGUCCCUUUUGGUCUCCUCUUCAGUGAAGUCACUGCCUCCAGUCUGGUGAAGGUAAACAUUGAAGGUGAGAUCGUUGACAGGGGCAGCACCAACCUCGGGGUCAACCAGGCCGGCUUCGUCCUCCACUCUGCCAUUUUUGCUUCGCGGCCCGAUGUCAAGUGUAUAGUACAUGUACACACAUCUGCAGGUGCUGCGGUGUCUGCCAUGAAAUGCGGUCUGUUGCCCAUUUCACCUGAGGCACUGUCUUUGGGUGAGGUGGCCUACCAUGACUAUCAGGGCAUCGUGGUGGAUAAUGACGAACAGUUAAUUAUACAGAAAAACCUUGGGCCAAAAAGCAAGGUGCUCAUCCUGAGGAACCAUGGGCUGGUUUCUGUUGGUGAAACGGUGGAGGAAGCUUUCUUUUACAUCCACAACUUGGUCACUGCCUGUGAGAUCCAGGUGCGAACACUGGCCAGCGCUGGAGGUCCUGAUAAUUUGGUGUUUCUGGACCCAGAGAAAUACAAGUCGCGUCCAAAGGUCCCUGAACCAGUCGGUGACGGGUCCUCUACACACCCCAAGUGGCAAAUCGGGGAGCAGGAGUUUGAAGCUCUCAUGAGAAUGCUCGAUAACCUGGGCUAUAGGACGGGCUAUCCUUACCGCUGCCCGUCCUUGCGAGACAAAGGUAAAAAGUACAGUGAUGCGGAGAAUGCUCCCUCUGCCUACGGUGGUUACUCAUAUGGGGAGGACAGCGACUCAGGUGCUCGCUCCCCGCUGAAACACAGCUUCCAGCGCGGUCAGCGUGACAAGACCCGCUGGCUCAAUGCCGGCAGCCGGUCUGAUGAGCCCUGCGAGGAUGGGCCCGAGGGCGGCAGCCCCAAGUCGAAGCCUAAGGUGUGGACGAACAUAACACACGAUCACGUCAAACCCUUGCUGCAGUCUCUCUCGUCCGGUGUCUGCGUGCCAAGCUGUAUAACCAACUGCUUGUGGACAAAGGAAGAUGGCCUCCGUCAGGCUGCCGUAGCCAAUCAGUUCAUCCCAUUGAACACCAACCCAAAGGACGUCCUGGAAAUGCGGAAUAAGAUUCGGGAGCAGAACCUGCAGGACAUAAAGACAGCAGGGCCCCAGUCUCAGGUUCUGUGUGCUGGCUCUGUUGUGGAACGCAGCUUUGUUCAGAGACUUUCAAUCUGGCAGGACGCCCCUCUGUCUGACUGUACAGACACUAUUGACGGCCUCGAUGUGUCCGAGGGGUCCUAUAGUCCUGCUAAAUCAAUUAGAAAGGGGGAGCUUGUUACCGCGUCCAAGGCCAUCAUUGAGAAGGAGUACCAGCCCCAGGUGAUUGUCAGCAAGCAGGGUCCCAACCCUUUCACCAAACUCACCGACCGGGAGCUGGAGGAAUACCGCCGGGAAGUGGAGCAGAAUCAGAAAGGGCCUGAAGUGCAGGGACAAGAUGCUAGUAGGGAGGGAUCCACCUCCAGCGUGACCUGUCCUGAAGCGGUUACACUGCAGAGAGGUCGGUCCUCGGGCUCCACACCUCUGCGGUCUGCAGCCGACUCGCCCAGCUCACAGAAACUCCUGCCGACGCCGGCCUCUGAGCAGAGUUCUUUGUCAACGGGCGUCUCCAGCAGGACAGAGCUGGCUCAGGAUGUCGCCGGCUCUGCAGGGACACUAGCUGAUGACGUUUUUUCCACCACAGAUGAAGUUUUUUUGGCUCCAGAUUCUCCGCAUAAGGAGUUCCACUGUGCCGUGCUGCGAGCCCUCAGCAAGGACACGUCAGUGGUAGAGGCAGCCACAGACCCAGAUCAACUAGUAGAACCUGAGGAGGAGCCAAAAGGCCAGAAAGUCACCUCUACACCACCCAGCACCCCAGUCAGAGCAGAGGAAGAAGAGUCCUUCCCUGAACAGAGCUAUAAGGAUGAGAGCGAUGCUGCCACCCUGAGACAGACCCUUCCAGAUUUAACACCCGACGACCCCUUCGAAGCCCCAGCACUUCCUGUCGAAGACUCCGCCUCUGCCCCUGCCACCGCAGAUGUAGUCGAGGGGGAGGAAGCGGCCGACGCUGGUGACCAGGACGGUGACGAGUCCCCGGGCAAAUCGCCCUCCAAGAAGAAAAAGAAGUUCCGCACCCCUUCCUUCCUAAAGAAAAACAAAAAAAAGACAGAGUCCUAGGUUGGAGAAUUUUGGAUUGGUCCUCAAGGCUGGCGUCCGCCUCGUUUCAUUUCGCUUCUUGUCUGCUAUCAUUGCACCCUUCGAGCAAGCCACAGUCACACACAGUUGCGCUUUUUUCCCUUUUUGAUAUCAUUUGUCGUUGGCUUAUUAACCUAUUUUUCCUCUUUAGUGUGUGCCAAUUGUGUAUACAGUGCAACAAUUAUUGCAUAAAAGCUUUUUUUUUAUUAUUAUUAGAGGCUUUUAGUUGUGAGUGAGUGAUGCAGUCUGUCUUCUGCCUGGCCUUUCAUGCAUGUCUAUUACCACAGGCCCACUGGCUUAAUGUGAGGAUUAAGGACAUAAUCAUCCUCUUUUUUUAUUUUGAUUUUUUUUAACGGAGUAUUACUAAACUGAUGUAACCACUAGAAUGUAUUGGGAUUGUAUGAAAAUGUCAAAGUGUCUUUUAAAUACAGUGAACUCUGACCGAUAAGCUUUUGUCCUCGUAUUUAACUGGAGAUGAAUUCAAUUCUGACAGGACUACCAAUUCCAUUGUGUUUACUUUUACCUGUGAAGCAGAGCAAACCACACCAUGUCACGUUAGCAGGCCAAUGAGCAAUACAGUACAGAUACUCGCCGUAGAUUUUUGUACUUGUGGAGUCGCACAGAGUCCAUAAUAUCCUGUCUGUAAUCCAGUCUUUUGACCAGAUCAUCUGUAUUCAAGCUUAAUCUCAUCCACGGUUUGUUUACAUUUAAAAAACUCUAAAAAAGUCUUUCACCUACAAUCAGUUGGCACAGCCUUAACUUAACAGGCGUGCCGUUAAGUGCUUCAGGUUUUUAAUGUAAAAAAACAAAUCAGAUUCAUUUAAAUCACACUGUACAUUUUUGCGAAACAUGGGGAUACUGGGCAUGACUCAGCAAAGUGGGAGUACAGGUGUAAAGCACAGUACUCGCUGAGGUAGAUAAUGUAAUUGCUAUGAAGGAAUGUAUAAAAAAAAACCUGAUUUUCAUCUUAUCUUUUCAUUUAUUGUAAUUAUUAGUUUGUGACUUUGUUUUGAAUGUACCCUUUGAUUUCUCCCGUCUCUCUGUGAAAGUCCUAAAAAGGCAAAUAUGCUGUGUAUUGUGUGAGAAUACAUUUGUCAUUUUGUUGUUUUUAUUUUUGAAGUCUCUCACUCUUCCUCCUCCUCCUCACAAAGUAGAUGGAGCAUAACGUCUUGCUGUGAGAGAGCACUGUGAACCUUCCCGUUCGUUAACCACUGUCGUUUAGAUCGUCAUAGUCCAAGUAGAUACAGACGAGGACUUAACAACAACAACAACAACGUCACUGUUGCAAAGCUGCAUGAUUAAUCAUCCUUCAGAACUGAACUUUUCUGUGUCGCGCUGAGUGCACAGACUUGUGUCGCUGAACACCUGUGUGUUUCCAGUUCCAGUAAAGACACGUUGUACACUGGAGAAGACAGUACAUGUUUAUUUUCCUCACUCGUGUGUAAUCAAUUGUUGGUGUUGCAGCGCUUGAUGUUAAAGGGCAUUAAUACCAAGGCCACCCACCCGUGCAUUGCUUCCUAACUUUUCUCCAUGCUGUUGUUGUGAAUGGUUUUGUCUAAUUCACGAUGAACAAAAAGGCAAAAUUGACAGGAAGCGUCACCUUGUGUGAGACGUUUAACAAAGUCGGCCUUUGUUCGCUGCAGGUGGUUUUUUACCUACAGUGCUACAUGCAAGCUGAUUAUCUAACUCCUUAAGGACUGCAUGUAUAGAGUGUAUACUGUCCUUUACAUGACUAACUAUCCUUUUAAUUUACAUUAUUUACAUUAGCUUUUGGUGAUCUGUUUUUUUUUUUCAGUCAACCAUACAUUAUUUUUCUUUUCGAUAUUCUGAUUUGUUUUCUCUGUCUCGACUGCAUCCACUUAAAAUCACGGCAUUAUUCUGUUUACAUACCUAAAACUUCCACCUCUCUUUUCUCAUGGUUCUGCCUCUUUUAUAACCAUGAAUAAAAACACUAUCUUUAAAAUCA